AUGAUUGAUCAUCAACAAUGCGAUUACAAUGAGAUGUCAAGCAUGUUCAAAGACUACAUGGACACAAUGACUUCAUUGUACCGUCUAAAAACGAGAAAUGAAGAAGAAAUAACUGAAAUUUACAAAAAAAUUAAAACAAAUUUAAUUGAAACAGAAAUCUUUUCAGCAGAAGCUAUGUUGUCUGAAAUUUCUAAUAUAGUGGUUUAUAAUAAUCGAUACCUGAGGUCAUAUUGGCGUAUUUUCAAAAUGAUUUAUGAAGAAUAUCAUCCUGAAAAAGUUCCACACAUUUCAUUUGUGUUUAAUUACUUUGCCAACCAAGAAUAUGGAAUUGUUCUUAACGAUAAAGAUAAAAUUAAAUACAGCUUAUGCAUAUUGAAAAAAUAUUCAUUGGAUAUUCAUAAAGAAGAUGACAUAAUGACUUUUAUGGAUCUAACAGAAAAUGAUGACUUUAAUAAAUUUGCUAAGAUGCAAUCCAAUGAUUUAUAUCCAAAUCCAAAUUUAAGAUAUUCAUUACUGGAAUUAUGUUGUUAUUACGGAUCAGUUUCAUGUUUUAAGUUUUUAAUCACAAAUUUCGAAGCCAAAAUCACAGAAGAAUGUCUUCGGCUUUCAUUUUUAGGAGGAAAUGCAGACAUCAUGAGUGAGUGUUUGAAAAUAUAUAAACCAGAUAAUCAAUGCAUUGAAUAUGCUAUUGUUUCACACAACAUUGAUUUUCUUACAUUUUUAAUGAAUGAAUACAAUUUACAACCUCAAAUCAAAUAUUUUUGCUGGUAUCAUUAUCUGGAUGGCUUUUUAGUAUAUUUAGAUAUGACUAAUGAAAUUAACAAAUGUUUUAUAUUUUCAGGUAUGUUUAAUAUUCCUUCACUUUGUGAAUAUCUUCUUUCACAUGGAGCCGAUAUUAAUGCUAAAUAUAUAAUAGAUGAAACACCACUUCAUUUUACAACAGAGAAGUAUUGUAUCAAAACUGCAGAAUUUUUCAUAACUCACGGAGUUAAUGUCAAUGCAAAAGAUAUUCAUGGAAUGACAGCUCUUCAUUAUGCUGUAAACUAUAAUAAUUUAGAAUCGGCCAAAAUUCUUAUUUCGCAUGGUGCAUAUGUUGAUGUAAAAAACAAUUAUGGGGAAACUCCUAUUCUCAUUGCAAUGAGAAGAGAUAAUUUAUAUUUACAGGAAUUUCUAUUUUCCAAAGGUGCAGAUUUAAAUCUAACAAAUGACCGAGAAAAUACUUAUCUUCAUUGGGCAGUACAAAUAAGAAACGUGAAUGCUGCAAAAUUUCUUAUUUCUCAUGGUGUUGAUGUCAAUGCAAAGAAUCUAUUUGGAAAAACACCUCUUCAAAUGGCGUUUGAUCACCAUUCUAAAGAAAUGUAUGAAUUUCUCAUUUCACAUGGUGCAAAAAAAUAG